AUGACUAAAACAUCUGAAUCAAAUUCAUCUAAAGAACUAAAAUUUAUUAAAAUGAAAGAAUUCAAGACAUCCAAUUAUAACAAAAAAUCAACCAAGAUAAUUAAAACAAUUGACAAUAAUGAAAAAGAAGAUGAAAAGAAAAUUGAUAUAAACUUUCAAAUAUCUGUUGAUUCUGAGAAGAGUAAUUCUGAUAAACAAUUGAUCCAAGAUGACCCAAAAGAACUUGCUAAUGCCAAAGAGUAUAAGAAUAAAAUUGGAGAUGAAAACUAUAAACAUAAUACCCUUCGAUACUUACCAACAUAUGAACUAUGCAUCUUCAAUCCCAGUGGUUUGACAUUGUCUCAUGGAACUCGACCUUGA